AUGGCGCCAGGAGUCAUUUCGGGCUUUGACGCGAGUAGGAGUCCUAGUCAGGGCUAUGAAAUCGACAAAGAAGCCAUGUUCGAUGGGUAUAGUAGGAAGAUCAAGGUACUGACUAUAGGGGCUGGCAUAAGCGGUAUAAUGAUGGCCUAUAACAUCCAAAAGCACUGCCCGAACGUCGAACAUGUGGUAUAUGAGAAGAACUAUGAUAUAGGCGGUACCUGGUUGGAGAACAGGUAUCCAAACUGUGCAUGUGAUGCGCCGAGUCAUGCUUAUAUAUUCAACUUUGCUCCUAACCCCGAAUGGAACAACGUCUAUUCAUAUGCCACAGACGUGUGGGCGUAUUUAGACAGAGUGUGCAAGGUCUUUGACCUUCGCAAAUAUAUGAUUUUCAACACGAAGAUCACAGGGGCAUACUGGGAAGAGUCUUGCGGCCAGUGGAGAGUGACACUCAGCCAGACGGCGGCAGAUGGAUCCAAGAAAGAUAUAGAAGAGUGGUGCCACGUUUUACUGAAUGCCUCGGGCUUCUUGAACGAGCAUAAGUGGCCGAAUGUUCCUGGUCUAGACAGGUUCAAGGGAAGAUUGAUCCACACCGCAGCAUGGCCGAAAGAUUACCAAAAGGAGGAGUGGAAUGGAGAGAGCGUUGCAGUCAUUGGCAGCGGAGCUUCAAGCAUCCAGACAGUGCCGGGGAUGCAGCCAUACGUAAAACAUAUUGAUAUAUUCGUGAGGACGGGUACAUGGUUUGCAACCAUUGCAGGAAACAAGGGUGACAAUGCAGCCUAUUCCGAAGAAGAGAAGAAGAGAUUCAGAUCGGAUCCGCAGGCGCUGAUUGAGCACUGCAAGUCCUGGGAAGACCAGAUCAAUGGCAUCUGGGGGAUGUUCUAUACUGGGAGCCCGGCACAGCAGGCUGUCCGUAAGAUGUACGAGCAGCGAAUGGCCGAAUGCAUCAAAGAUGAACGUCUCUUAAAGGGAUUCAUGCCUUCGUUUGGCGUGGGAUGCCGUAGAAUCACCCCUGCAGAUCCGUUUAUGGCGGCGAUCCAGCAAGAUAACGUUGACGUCCACUUCACGGCUGUGGGCGAAAUCACAGAAGACGGGCUGGUUGGCGCAGACGGUACUAAGAGAAGGGCAGAUACGAUCAUAUGCGCCACAGGCUUCGACACUUCGUACCGACCAAAGUUCCCGUUUGUCGGCCAGGGAGGCGUCGAUCUUCGUGAAAAGUGGGAGGCUCACCCAGAGUCGUAUCUUGGCCUGGGAGUGCCAGGGUUCCCUAACAUGGUAUCCUUCUUUGGCCCAACAUGGCCCGUACAUAAUGGGUCAGUCGUCGGUCCACUGAUGGAAGCCGGUAGGUAUGCGGUCAAAUUCAUCCGCAAGAUUCAAAAUGAAGAGAUACACUCGAUCAGCCCGCGACAGGACGUCACCGACGCCUUCAACGAGCAUGUCCAGGCGUGGAGCAAGCACACUAUCUGGACAGAUAGCUGCCGGAGCUGGUACAAGGAUGAAAAGACUGGACGGGUGAAUGCGAUCUGGCCGGGCAGCUCGGAGCAUUUCAUUGAGCUGAUCAAGCAGCCCCGGUUUGAAGACUACACAAUCACCUAUCGGAGGAAGAACAUGUGGAGUUUCCUAGGGCUGGGAAAUGUUCCUGCGAAUAUCACGGAGGGAGUCGAUCGGAGUCCGUAUCUCUCUGUGGAUGAGAUCGAUCCUCGCUGGCUGGCAGAGAUCUACGGGGAGCGACAGAACUAG